AUGUCCUUAUCACAAGGCUUACUGCUUAUCUUGGCAGUUUGGUCCGUAGAUGCAUGCCUUCCUCAGUUCGAAAAGGAACUCCGUUAUUUGGAUUUAUAUUUGGGUAUCAAACCCGACAACGAUGGUGAAAUCCCCUCUAAAGAAUCUUCCGAAUUUGCCUCGUAUAUCUCCACUUCGGAAGCUCUGGAUUGCGAUUUAGAAAGCGAAUGUUUGUGGAGAAAUGCACCCAGCGAUGGUUUGCUGGACACAUCCGACUUUUGGUAUUUCAAGAAAACAGACAAUAAGCUCCUCCCUGUGCAGAUUCAACCUGGGCGAGCUGAUAUUGCUGAAGGAUCACAUUUGCUCUUGGCCGGAAACACAACAAAUAUUGCGGACAGUGCCGUUUUAGUAAGUGCACCAAUAGCAUGUCAACGAAAAGCUGGAAACUUGACAUUCCACUACUGGUUGUAUAAUCAAGCUAGGAUAGAGGUGAUUGUAGUACGAGCCACACAUCGGAGAAGACAUCUACAGACACUAUUUCGUCCAAAAAUCAACUGUCAUAUUCUACGACCUGGCAACGAUAUUUGCGUCGUGAAUAUUCCUUCUGUCAACGAACCUUUCCGCUUAACCAUACGAGCUUUUAAUCUUAAGGAUAAUGUAGUUGGAAGUAUGGUUAUGCUUAAGAAUAUCACUUAUCGGGCGGACAUCUGUGGAGAAUCUCCAUUUCCUUCAAUUUUUGGGUCAAUACCAUUAGUACCGAAACCUUCGCUGCCAAUUAGGACUAUGUCCGAUUUGGACUGCGACCGUCCUCGAUCAAAAUGCAGAUGGAGUAAUGCUGAAUCUACUAUAUCAGAAUGGCGGAUCGGUCGUAAUAUCGAGAGGUGGAAGGAACUAGUUGAGGGAGCCGGCAUGGAAAAAUCACAUCCAAACACGACUUUCUUAUUCCUAGCAGUGGAUUCGCUGUCUCCUCGAAGAUAUGCUACACUUCGUAGUGAACUCAUACCCUGCACUCAGACUACGACAACUCUUUCGAUGAAGUACUGGCUCAAAGCUGGGACACAAGUCGAAGUCUGUUCGGUGGAUAUGGACGGGGUACCAUUGAGUUGUGCUUAUCUGAGUGAAGAAGACUCUCCAGGACCCAUCGAGAUAGAUGUUGAUGCUUAUGAUCAGCCUUUCAGGUUUACCUUGGAAAUGAUCGCAUUCGACGAAACAUCACUGGGGCUAGUGGCAAUCUCAGAGAUUCGUCUAAAAGGAUUAUUAUGCUCUGAAGAACCGCCACCGAUAGUAACAACGAUAGAUCCACCUACGAUCGUGUCCCUAUUUGGACUACAACAAGGACCUGGAGCUAACACACCAUAUCCGAGCGAUCUAAACUGUGACUUUUCACAAGAUUACUGUAGUCAGUGGGUAAAUGAUGACGGCAUGGUUGCUUAUGGUGUAGUUCCAAGAAACAGUGAAAAAUUCCCAGUCCCACCCGGGAUGACAGGCAAUGUAGCAACCUUUGUUUUGGAAGGAAUGAAAACGUCGCGAUUACGCUCAAGAGAGGUCUCUUGCGCUAAAAACGCUUCAGUUACAGUAACCUAUAUGAGAUCCGAGCACGGGCUCGUUCGCCUCUGUGCUCUAGAACAGUGUGUGGAUGGAUCGCAAUUAUUUGGUGAAAUGACGAUUGUAGCGACAUCAACAACACCUUUUGAGUUUUCCAUUGAAGCUGCUUCUCACAAAAAUGCUGUCGUUGUGAUUAGUGACAUCUCCGUUUCUGGUGAUGUCUGCCCACUUAAAUCCAUGCAAGAACUCGUUUGCGAAAAGUUGAUGUGUGAUUUUAGAGACGGCCUCUGCAACUAUGAGUCUCCCAUAAACAAGGAGGACGAUGCGCCGCUGCUUCCAGGACCUACUGGUGCCAUAGCUACUUUGGACAUGGUUCGACAUCGGGCAAUCCUUAGAAGUGCCAAAUUUGAUCUGCCAUCACCCCUCAUGCUAAACAUUACCAUAACGCAAGCUACUUUUGGAUCUCGGGUGUUACUUUGCCCAGAUAUAACAAGCGAAUCGGAUUCGUGCCAAGAGCUGAUGGGUCCAAAAGUUGAAACAGCGGAGAGGAAGACGGUGAUGUUUCCACUAGAUGAAGGCGCGCAGCGUUUCGCUGUUGUUCUCUACCAUGAUAAAGCCGAACAAUUUGGUCCGGCCAAUUUCAUCAUACACUCCAUCGAAAUUCGAUCUUCUAACGAUGAAAUCUUGUGCUAGUUGAGAAGUCAAACCUAGUCAGUAUAUUUACUCCACAGCCGUAGUUAGAAGUGCAACUGUAACUUUUGUAGGGGUAUAAAAU